AUGGCGGGACAAGUUACAAAAAGCAGGCUUGAAAGCAUGCCUACCGAGAUUCUCAUCCAGAUAUUCGUUUUCAUGGAGAGUGCCAGAGAAGUUCGUUCACUGUUUCUCGCAUUAAAAAGAUUCCAUAAGAUAUACGUCCAAAAUUCCAAUCACAUCGCCAAGGCCCUCAUCCUUCGGCGGCUUGAUCCCAAUGACUACAAGUUGGCUGUUAUGGCUAUUGAGUCCCGCAAAGUCAAUCCCCUGGAUGUAGCUGAGCUGAAGCAAUUCUUCAAUGACUACGUCCACCAUCGUGAAUGGGAUAUCAAGCUAUUUCGGAUGUACACUGCCUUUCAUCUCCCCGAGCUCCAAGAUGCAGCCGAGUGCAUACUGGAAAGCAAUUAUGGACUUAAGAUACCGGAGCUUCACGACAUUCUUCCAGAGACGGCUACAGAGCAUGCCCGAAAGAUUCGAGCUCUUUAUAUGCGCGAAAUACUUCUGAAUCUGUUCCAUCAGAUGCCCAAUCGAUACAAGCAUUCACUUACACCCUUUUUGGAAAAACCUCUAUACCCAGAGUGGGUGGUAGAUUUCUGGGCUAACUUCUCUCCUGGAGAGCGUGUCCAGGUAGAGGUCAUUAGUCAUUGGCCGUAUAGGUUCUUAGUUGCAUUGGAUAAAAAUUAUAUCACUCUACCGAAAGCUCAGCAUGGUCCGGGUUGCAAAUGCUUCAGCAAUGACGGAAUUCUAAACGGGAAACGGGUAGUUCAUCUGGGACGGCAAGACCCGUAUAAAUGCUUGAAGCUGGAAUCCUUCGCACAACUUGUCGGCAUACAAAGACUCUAUCGUUGGUGUUGCCCAACUAGGACCGACAUUGCUCCAAUGCGUGCAGAGUGGUCCAAUUUCUGCUACAACUCAUACCCUGUCUCGGGCCCGGAGCGUUUGCGCAUGUAUCGAGAGCCUCUCUAUAGAACGGAGCUCUUUAACUACCCUCGCUUCCAUAACGAUCCAGAGUCGCCAACAGACAAGAUAUGGAACAAGACACACGGCCCGUGGUAUGUAACUAACGGUAUACUUUGGCCCUAUAAAGAUCCCGAUGACAAACUUCAUCGCAUCCGAGUUCUCAGCGACUACGCUUCCCUUGAAGCAUUGAGGCGACUAGUGCAUACAAACGAUCCUCGUAUCCGGUCGUGGGGCCUGAGAGCGGUCUAG